AUGGUGUCGCGCAAGUUCGCCGGCGUCGCUGCCGCCGCUUCCGCGGUUGUCUUCUCUGUCGCCGUGCCCGCCGCUUCCGCCGAACCCGUCAGCGCCGACUCUGGCCCUCUGAGCUUCGGUCCCUUCGCGGUCACCGCCAAGGGCGCGUUCCCCACGUCCCUCUACAGCCACUACUUCAACAAUCCCACCGCGACCUCGGCCCAGCCUCAGCCGGUGAUCUCAGACCCAGUCACGCACAAGACAUACCCCCUUGAGCUCACGAACCCGGACACGAUUCCGAAGAACGACACGAAGGACCCGCACCUCCUUCCGCCCCAGGCGUCGUCCACCAAGCUUCUAGAGGCCGCCUUCCAGCAGGUGCUCUCCAUCGCGAGCAACCCCGUCUUCGGCUCGGACAACUGCCAGCGAUGCCAGGCCGCUCUCGAGGUCGGCAAGUUCCUCGCCAUGGCAACGCCCGAGCAGGGCCCCGCACUCGCCGUCCGCCUUUGCGACCACUUCAACUUCAACAGCAACUGCGAGGCCCAGUUCGGGAUCGACGCGCUCGGCGGCGUCGUCACUCAGGUGAUCGCGAACGCUGAUGUCGGCGGCCUCGAUGGACAGAUGCUCUGCCAGAAGUUCGUCGGUGGCCUAUGCCCCAUCGCGCCCACUACGCAGCUCAACUUGACUGGCUGGUUUGCUAAGCCCAAGCCAGACCCGCUCCCAACACCGAAGAAGCCUUCUGGCAAGCGCAUGAAGGUGUUGCACCUCUCUGACCUGCACAUCGAUCCUCGCUAUGCUACUGGAGCGGAAGCAAACUGUUCCGGCCUUUGCUGCCGUGCGAACAACCACAACUCUGCCAGCCCGGACCAGGUUUUGUUCCCUGCCCCUCGCUUCGGCGCGUACACCUGCGACUCCCCUUUCUCGCUGGUCACGGCCGCGCUCUCGUCGAUUCCAAUUCUAGCCGGCACGCAGAAAACUGGCUUUGACUUUACGGUCUACACCGGUGACUUGGUCUCGCAUGACUCCGAGAGUCAGCUUUCUAGGGACUACGUCAUGUACACCGAGACCGUCGUCUACGACCUGUUCAGGAAGCUCCUUGGCUCUGGCCCUGUGUAUGCUGCACUUGGCAACCACGACUCGUAUAACCAAGCCCAGGAUGCCCCUCACUCGCUCGGUGGGAAGCUCGCGGACCAGUUCAGCUGGAACUACGAUCACGUCGCGGCCCUUUGGAAGCACGAAGGCUGGAUUCCUCAGUCGGCGGUCGACUUGGCUCGCGCACACUACGCAGGCUACAUGGUUCGCCGUCAGGAUGGCUUACGAGUGAUCACCCUGAACACCGACCUCUGGUACUCUGCGAACUACUUCGCAUACAUCAACAUGACGAACCCCGACGUUUCCGGGAUGCUCCGGUUCCUCACGGACGAGCUUCAAGAUGCUGAGGAUGCUGGCGACUCAGUAUGGAUCCUUGGCCACGUUCUGACCGGUUGGGAUGGCACCAACCCGCUGCAGAACCCAACGGAUCUUUGUGACGCCGACCGCUUCUCGCCUCAUGUUAUCAAGGCCGUCUUCUGGGGUCAUACUCAUGAGGAUCAGCUUAUGAUCUAUUACGCCAACAACGCCACCGUCCAGAGCGCGGAGAGCGCGCAGCUCGCUGGUUGGAUUGGGCCAUCGGUCACUCCCUUGACCAACCUAAAUUCCGGUUUCCGUGUGUACGAGGUCGACUCCGCCACGUUCGAGAUUUUGGAUGCCCACACCUGGAAGAGUGACGUCAACAGCUUCUCGCAGCUCGACAACCAGACUGCGCUCGGGCCCACGUACGAGUAUGAGUACAGCACCCGUGCCGCGUACGGCGCCAACGUGACCGGCUGGGGCGCCAACGAUCCGCUCAACGGAACGUGGUGGCACCUCGUCACCGAAUCCAUGGAGGCGAACUCGACUCUGAUGUCCGACGUGUUCAACGGCUUCCAGGGCAAGGAGUCCGCCCGCACGGAGCCGUGCACCGGAAACUGCGUCCCCGCCCGGAUCUGCUACAUGCGGUCUGGCAGCGCGUCCAUCGCGAAGCAGAACUGCAUCCCCGGCUUCGGCUCCGUGCAGUGA